UAAAGAUCGAGAGUGAAAACCAGCGGGGUUCACAUGAACCUCACCGCAUCGUGACACCCCCUUCUCCUUUACCACCAGAAUUAAAUAAAGCUGGCUCUUCCCCAUCGUGCUUCUUCUCUCCAAUUCGCAUUCGAUCUUUCUUCUCCCCGCGCGUCUCCGAGAGAUUUCUAGGGUUUUUUUGUCAGUGAGAUUGAAUUAAAUUUCCGCACGCAGAGAGAGAGAGAGGAGUAGGGUUUUUUAAUAUUGAUAUUUUUCUAUUGGUGGUGAGCGCGAUGGGUUAUUGCAUUGGUUUCUGAAUCAAAUUUCACUUUGCAAAUCCGAAUCUCAGUUCCUUCAAUGUGAUGACUCCUGACGCCGCCGGUGAAUGGCUCGAUUUCGUUUCCGGCGCCUCCGAUUCCUCGCCAUCUUCGUUGUCGUCGUCGCCGUUUUCGCGAGUGACGAAUCGGAGUCGGAGCGUGAACUUUCGGUGACUGAUUUCGAUUGGAACCUCUUCCAUCAGGACUACUCGCCGCCCGCUCCGCCGCCUCCGCCACCGCAUCCCCCGUCGGUGUCAUGCGUGGACGAUCUCGGGGGAGUCGGGACUCUGGACACGACGUGCAAGAUCGUGAACGACGUGAACCUCACCCGCGACGUGUACAUAGCAGGGAAGGGCAAUUUUAACAUCCUCCCUGGGGUGAGGUUCCACUGCGAGAUUCCCGGGUGCAUGGUAACCGUUAACGUCACUGGUAAUUUUAGUUUAGGUAGCAACUCGUCGAUUGUGACCGGGGCUUUUGAGUUGGAGGCUGAGAAUGGUGGUUUUGGGAAUAUGUCGGUUGUGAACACGACGGGUAUGGCGGGGCAGCCUCCGCCGCAAACCAGCGGCACUCCGCAGGGGGUUGAGGGCGGUGGUGGGGGUCACGGCGGGAGGGGUGCCAGCUGUCUUGUCGACAUGACGAAGCUUCCGGAGGACGUCUGGGGAGGGGACGCGUAUUCGUGGGCCUCGCUGCAGAACCCUUACAGUUUUGGCAGCCGUGGGGGGUCGACGACCAAUGAGAGGGACUAUGGUGGGUUGGGAGGUGGGCUUGUGAGGUUGACUCUUCAUCAAAUUGUUGAGAUGAAUGCAAGUGUUUUGGCUGACGGGGGUAAUGGAGGGACAAAGGGCGGAGGUGGCUCUGGAGGCAGCAUUUACAUCAAGGCUUACAGAAUGACUGGCAAUGGGAUUAUAAGUGCUUGUGGAGGUAAUGGUUUUGCUGGUGGUGGAGGUGGCAGGGUUUCAGUUGAUGUGUUCAGCAGGCAUGAUGAGCCCAAAAUAUAUGUGCAUGGUGGUAGGAGCCUUGGCUGUCCGGAAAACGCAGGUGCUGCUGGGACUCUUUAUGAUGCAGUCCCUCGAAGUCUUAUAGUUGAUAACUAUAACAUGACAACAGAUACAGAGACUCUUCUCUUGGAAUUUCCAAAUCAACCCCUUUGGACUAAUGUCUAUGUUCGAAAUAAGGCCAGGGCAACAGUUCCAUUGCUUUGGAGUCGUGUACAGGUGCAAGGGCAAAUAAGUAUCUUGCAGGGUGGGGUGUUGAGCUUUGGUCUACGACACUAUGCUACAUCAGAGUUUGAGUUAUUAGCCGAAGAACUGUUGAUGAGUGAUUCUGUAAUGAAGGUCUAUGGAGCUCUACGCAUGUCUGUAAAAAUGUUCUUGAUGUGGAACUCAAAAAUGCUCAUAGAUGGUGGCGAAGACGUGACCGUGGAAACUUCUUUACUUGAGGCUAGUAAUUUGAUUGUUCUGAGGGGGGCUUCUGUGAUACAUUCUAAUGCAAACCUUGGAGUUCAUGGACAGGGUCUCCUAAAUUUAUCAGGACCAGGAGAUUGGAUUGAAGCACAACGUUUGGUUUUAUCCCUAUUUUAUAGUAUUCAUGUUGGGCCUGGGUCUGUCUUGCGUGGUCCGUUGGAGAAUGCAACAACUGAUGAUGUUACUCCAAAGCUUUACUGUGACAAUAAAGAUUGCCCCUAUGAAUUACUUCACCCCCCUGAAGAUUGCAAUGUGAACUCUUCCCUGUCUUUCACACUUCAGAUCUGCAGAGUCGAGGAUAUCCUUGUUGAAGGCCUUAUAGAAGGUUCUGUUGUUCAUUUCCACAGGGCCCGGACCAUAAGUGUUGAAUCUUCUGGAAGAAUAUCUGCCUCUGGAAUGGGCUGUACUGGUGGUUUGGGCCACGGAAAUAUUCUAAGUAAUGGUAUUGGCAGUGGCGGUGGGCAUGGUGGUAGUGGUGGGGAUGCAUGGUAUAAUGAUAAUCACGUUGAAGGUGGGAGUUCAUAUGGGGAUGCAAACCUGCCCUGUGAACUUGGUAGUGGAAGUGGAAGUGGCAACUCUACUUAUAUCACAGCUGGAGGUGGUAUCAUAAUUGUUGGAUCAUUGGAACAUCCUUUGUCGAGUUUGUCCAUUCAAGGUUCUGUAAAAGCUGAUGGAGAGAAUUUUGAUUCGAUAGUUAGAAAAGAAGGUUUUGCAGAAUUUGACAAUUUUACUGGAGGUCCUGGGGGUGGAUCUGGUGGCACUAUACUAUUGUUUCUUCAUACACUUGCCAUUGGGCAAUCAGCUGAGCUUUCUAGUAUGGGGGGAUAUAGCAGUUCUAAUGGAAGUGGUGGUGGGGGUGGAGGAAGAAUUCAUUUUCAUUGGUCUGAUAUUCCCACUGGUGAUGUUUAUCAACCAAUUGCUAUUGUGAAAGGUGGCAUUCAGACCAGGGGAGGAAAGGGUGAGGGUCAGGGUGGAUCUGGAGCGAAUGGGACAAUAACUGGGAAGGAUUGCCCUAAAGGGUUGUAUGGUACCUUUUGUGAGGAAUGUCCCACCGGGACUUACAAAAAUACUACUGGAUCUGAUAAAUCACUUUGUCACCAUUGUCCUGUUAAUGACCUUCCUCAUCGCGCUGUUUAUAUUCCAGUCCGAGGUGGUAUUACUGAAACCCCUUGCCCAUACCAAUGUGUUUCGGACAGAUAUCAUAUGCCUGACUGCUAUACUGCUCUUGAAGAAUUAAUUUACACAUUUGGUGGGCCUUGGUUAUUUGGUCUUUUUCUUACGGGUCUCUUGAUCUUGUUGGCACUGGUGCUCAGUGUUGCAAGAAUGAAAUUUGUUGGGGUUGAUGAAUUACCUGGCCCAGCACCCACCCAACAUGGUUCUCAAAUAGAUCACUCCUUUCCUUUCCUUGAGUCACUAAAUGAGGUGUUGGAGACAAAUAGAGUUGAGGAGUCCCAGAGUCAUGUUCACAGAAUGUACUUUAUGGGACCUAAUACUUUCAGUGAACCCUGGCAUCUGCCACAUACGGCUUCAGAACAAAUAAUGGAUGUUGUUUAUGAGAGUGAAUUCAAUACAUUUGUGGAUGCGAUUAAUGCUAUAGCUGCUUAUCAAUGGUGGGAGGGAGCAAUAUAUAGUGUUCUUUCUGUUCUUGCUUACCCGCUCGCAUGGUCCUGGCAACAGUGGCGCAGGAGAUUGAAGUUGCAAAGAUUACGUGAGUUUGUUCGAUCAGAGUACGAUCAUGCUUGUCUUCGUUCUUGCCGAUCACGAGCUCUCUAUGAAGGGAUCAAGGUAAAUGCAACUACUGACUUCAUGCUGGCAUAUGUGGACUUCUUUCUUGGUGGGGAUGAAAAGAGGAUAGACCUUCCUCCUCGAUUACAUGAAAGGUUUCCAAUGUCAUUGCCUUUUGGAGGUGAUGGAAGUUAUAUGGUUCCAUUCUCCCUUCACAAUGAUAACAUCCUUACCAGCCUAAUGAGUCAGUCAGUGCAACCUACAACAUGGUAUAGAUUGGUCGCUGGGCUGAAUGCACAACUACGGUUGGUCCGCCGUGGAAGGCUACGAGUAACAUUUCGACCUGUCCUCAGAUGGCUUGAGACUCAUGCCAAUCCUGCAUUAAGUGUCCAUGGUGUGCGUGUUGACCUUGCCUGGUUUCAGGCUACAAGUAGUGGCUAUUGCCACUAUGGGCUUAUGGUAUAUGCUCUUGAGGAUGGUCCAGCCGGAGGAAGUGCCGAUGUAGCUUUAAGAACUGAGGAAGGAACAAGGGUUCAAAGUGUUAAAAAGGAAUAUCCUUUUGGGUUUUCCAGAAGCAGAGCUCAUUUAGGCCCUGGUGGAAGAACUGAGGACAAUUAUAUGAGGCGACAAAUGCAUGGAGCUGCUUUAGAUGUAAACAAUUUGCAGAUGCUUGACGAGAAGAGAGAUAUCUUUUAUCUUCUCUCUUUCAUACUUCAGAAUACAAAACCUGUUGGACAUCAGGACCUUGUUGGUUUAGUAAUCUCAAUGUUGCUUCUAGGAGAUUUUAGUUUAGUAUUACUUACACUGCUUCAGCUGUAUUCAAUUUCUUUGGUGGAUGUCUUCUUUGUGUUGUUUAUAUUACCUUUCGGCAUUCUUCUCCCUUUUCCUGUCGGAAUUAAUGCUCUCUUUAGUCACGGGCCAAGGCGUUCUGCAGGCCUUGCACGUCUUUAUGCUCUGUGGAAUCUUACAUCCUUCAUAAAUGUUGUUGUUGCAUUUCUUUGUGGAUAUAUACACUACAACUCUCAAUCGUCUUCCAGUAAAAGACACCCGAGCAUUCAGCCAUGGAAUAUCAUGGAUGAAAGUGAAUGGUGGAUUUUCCCAGCUGGAUUGGUUUUAUGUAAAUUGUUCCAGUCUCAACUCAUUAAUUGGCAUGUUGCCAAUCUGGAAAUUCAAGACCGGUCCUUGUAUAGUAACGAUUUUGAGCUGUUCUGGCAGUCAUGAUGGUAUGGUAUGUUCACAGCAUAUAAUUCAACAUUAACUUUUUACCCCAUUUCCCUCCUCCUCUCUCGAUCGAUCCAUCACAUGUUCUCACUUCGGUAAAAUAUAGAAUAGAUCAAAGAUUGAUUGACAUAGAGAUGCUAGUAUUUUAGAUAACUCAAGGUGGGAGAAACAGAACUACACAAAUCCAAAGUAGAAGUUGUAGAGGCAUUCAUUACUGUAACACCUAAUGUUCAAUAGUUCUCUUUUAAAAAAAAAAAAAUUAAAUCAUUUCCACCA